AUUGCCAACCACCUCCACCGUCACCGCCGAGAGACGUGGCCCCGACACAACAGAGGUGCCAGCCAGUCCCUCCCUGGUGUCUGUUGCCCGCCGGCUCCGCGAUCACUUGGGUGUGGAGGAGAGGGAUGGGGAUGGAGUGGCCGCCUGCGCCGACGCCGGCGCUGCAGCUGCAGAGGAAGGCGGCGGCGGUCGGCGGGUCGGCGCUGAAGCUGCUGCUGUUCGUGAUCCUCGCGGGCCUCGCGCUCCGGCUGCUCGCCGGCCCCGCGGCCUACCUCCUGCCGCCCACCGCCGCGCCGGACGGGGCCGCGCGCCUCGUGGCGGCGCCGGGGAUUGGAAGAACCGGCGGCGGCGGGACGCCUCCCUCCGAAGCGGAUGAUUUGAUUUUUGCUGUGACUGGUUCGGGACCUCUAACAGCUCCAGACAAGAAGGAAGGUUCCCCAGGAAAAAAUUGUAAUCUUUUCCAUGGCGAGUGGGUUCCACAUUUAUCAGGGCCAGCUUAUACGAAUGCAAGCUGCCGAUUCAUUGAAUCUCCUCAGAACUGUAUGACAAAUGGAAGGCCUGACUCUGAUUAUCUCUAUUGGAGAUGGAAGCCAUAUGGUUGUGACAUACCACUGUUUGACAGCAAGGAGUUUUUGGAUGGCAUGCGGGGGAAGCAUUGGGCACUUAUUGGUGAUUCAAUCCUUCGCAAUCACAUGCAAUCAUUGCUUUGUCUUGUUUCUAAGGUCGAAGAUGCUACUGUGGUCUACCAUGACAGUACAUUCAAAUCCAGAAGAUGGCACUUUCCCUCACACAACUUCACGGUAUCUCUUAUCUGGGCACCGUUCCUUGUCAAGGCCAAAAUAUUUGAGGAUGACGAUGGAGUUUCAACUGCUGAUCUUCAGCUGCACCUUGAUGUUCUCGAGACAAACUGGGCUAGUCAGUGGGAGAGCUUUGACUACGUCGUGAUAUCCACAGGCCAGUGGUUCUUAAAAACUGCAGUCUACUGGGAGAAUGGAGCUGAGAUUGGCUGCCACUCCUGCAAGAACAAAAACCUGAAAGAGAUGGCCCCAGAGUACUCCUUCCGCAAGGCACUCAGCGCAGCCUUCCGGUUCAUCGUAUCCUCACCUCACAAGCCAGUGGUCUUCUACAGGACAUGGACGCCUUCACAUUUCGAGCACGGCGAGUGGUUCAGUGGUGGGACUUGUAACAGGACGUCACCAUUCAAGCCAGGGGAGGCUGGCGACAGGGAAUCGGACAAUAAGAUGUGGAAGAUCGAGAGAGAAGAGUUUGACAAGGCGGUGGCGAACAAAGGGCCUAAUGGCAGUGCUGACUGUCUGAAACUGCUCGACACAUUUGAGCUCUCGCUGCUGCGGCCUGAUGGACACCCUGGGCCUUACAGAACAUACCAUCCUUAUGAGAAAGGGAUGACUGCCAAAGUCCAAAAUGACUGUCUGCACUGGUGCUUGCCUGGCCCUAUCGAUGCGGGGAACGACAUCAUCAUGCAGAUGCUGGCGAAGGACUGAAACUUCCUCAGGUGGCACCUAACCGUGCCAUCUGAUUUCAACACCGAUGUCGGUUCAUGCCGCCUCGUCAUACAUAUGUGCUCUGCUGCUCCAAUUCGCAAAUUCCAGGAGCCUAUGUAGCAUGGUUGUUCUUGAAGCAAUCUUUCACCGUAGAGGGUUUAUUAGCUGUUAGGGUGUGAUGGAAAAGAGGGUAUAAUACGACUGUUGGUCGUAUUAUACCAUGAUAGACUGGGAAAGGUGCGCCUAUUAUCUGUGCUCUGUAGCGCGUGAUAUUCUGUAGCGAAUGUACGCAUCUAAAACUUUAGUCUGCAAAGGCAUACAGUGGUGAACUGAACAAGUUUUCCCGUUGCCAUACAGCUGGAGUACAUAAUAAUAUGAUAAUAUGUAAACAGUAACAGUUAUUCGAAGCUGACUAUGGUUGUAUACUUUUAGAUGUUCA